ACUGCUUGUGAAUGUUAUGUGCUGCGUGUAUGCUGCAUUUGUUAUAGAUGUUGCCUAGCAAUUUGUUACUAAUUCACUUUCAGCCGGGAAUGUCCGAGAACUAGCUGAAAGAUUUGAACAGAAAAUUAUUGAAGGGGUGGGGAGGUGUGGAGUGAGAUUGGUAUGCUGAAUCAUCAGAGUAGGCACUCAAACAUGCCUGCCAAUCUUGAGGAAAAGAUCAACAUUGUGAAGGCUGCCAUUACCUCUCAUCCUGACUUUCCAAAGAAAGGUGUUAUCUUCAGGGACAUAUUCGGCGCGCUGCUGCAGCCGGCGGCGUUCGCGGCGCUGCGGGACGUGCUAGUGGCGCACGCGCGCCAGCUGAGUCCGCGCCCGGACGCGGUGGUGGCUCUGGACGCGCGCGGGUUCCUGUUCGGGCCGCUGAUAGCGCUGGAGCUCGGCGUACCCCUGGUACCCGUCCGCAAACGGGGCAAACUGCCGGGCGCCGUGCGCAGCGUCCAGUACCAGCUGGAGUACGGACAGGACACCUUUGAGAUGCAGGAUGGGCGCAUCAGCAAAGGCCAGAACGUGCUAAUUGUUGACGACCUGCUGGCGACCGGAGGCACCAUGUCGGCAGCCUGCCGGCUGGUCUCCGAGGCCGGCGGCACGGUUCUCGGCUGCCUGGUCAUCAUUGAACUGGCCGAGCUAGGUGGACGGCAGAAGGUGCCGGCGCCCGUCACUGCACUGCUCGAGUUCUGAUCCCAGGCUCUGAGAGACGGUGGCAGAGGUGUCCUAGGUUUUGCCAGAGCCCUAUGGGCCUUGGUGGGUGGCUGACGAGGACUGACCGCAGGGAUCGAGCCAGGGAUAUCCGAGAUGGACCCCUGCGGGGUGCGAUGGGGCGAUAUUUUGACGGGUGCGGUCUGGGAAUGAUGUGAUUUGCUCAUGUUUUGGGCUCGUAGAGACGACAGUGUCGCUGUUCGUAGCAUUACGGCCAAUGGUAUAAUGUCGGUAGCAACAGUGCCAUACGUCAAGGGUUUUUAGGUGCACUGCCAUGAUCUACGAAGUGCUAACGCAUUAUUGCAUUGUUUGUAAUGACUGAAGGUGCUUUAUGCACAGCGAGUGCAAUACUGACAUUUCCAAUCGCUAGGGGCGAAUUCUUCCACUGAUCGAUGCAUUCCACACAAAUGCCUUGAAUUUUAUACACCCGUUUGUUUGAUGUACUUGUAUACCUGUUCGUUUGAUACGUUUGGUAUUGUAUUUUGAAGUGAGCCUGGGUACAAUACAUAGCAUGAACGAGUAUGCCAA